CGUCUCCCGGAUCACAGAUGGAUUAUUUAGGCUUUUCCUUCAGAAUAGGCUCCCUCUUUUGAUUUUCUCUCCCUUCGCAUUGUAUGCUCUUUCUCCCUUUCUGCCUUUGCUUUCAUUGUUAGGUACUUGCACGCCUUAAAAAUACACUGACAUAGAUUUGGCUUAACCAGAGAAGAGGGAACAAUGAUGCUGGAGGAAUAACCUGGAGGGGCCUUGGUAACGGCAGGGGACCAUGCAGGCUGUUCAAACACUCAUCCCAUCCCUUCUCAUCAGCCUUCUCUGUGUCAGCCAGCUGCAGUGGGGCCGUGCCUUGGACAUUUCAUCAGAUACAGAGAAACACAGAGGGAGCCGAGAGGUCAUCUCUCAACCACCUGCAUCUGAAGCUGCAUCUGAAGACAACAGCCUUGAGUACAAAGGCUCUCGUCUUCGCCAGGAAGACUUCGCUCCCCGCAUUGUGGAACACCCCUCUGACCUCAUUGUGUCUAAAGGGGAACCAGCCACUCUCAACUGUAAGGCCGAGGGCCGCCCGACCCCGACGGUGGAAUGGUACAAAGACGGGGAGCGCGUCGAGACGGACCGCGACAACCCCCGCUCCCACCGCAUGCUGCUGCCCAGCGGCUCCCUCUUCUUCCUGCGCAUCAUCCACGGGCGCCGGAGCAAGCCCGACGACGGCAGCUACGUGUGUGUGGCCCGAAACUAUCUGGGGCAGGCGAUCAGUCACAAUGCAUCCCUUGAAGUAGCCAUUUUGCGCGACGACUUCAGACAGAACCCGGUGGACGUGAUGGUCGCCGUGGGGGAGCCUGCAGUGUUAGAGUGCCAACCACCUCGUGGGCACCCUGAACCCACCAUCUCCUGGAGGAAAGAUGGAGCCAACUUAGACGACAGAGAUGAACGCAUCACAAUCCGCAGUGGUAAGCUGAUGAUCACCAACACCCUGAAGAGCGAUGCAGGGAAAUACAUCUGCGUUGGAACCAACAUGGUGGGGGAGAGGGAGAGCGAGAUCGCUGAACUCACUGUGCUAGAGCGCCCAACCUUUGUGAAGAGGCCCAGCAGUGUGGUGGUGCUGGCAGAGGAGAGCGUCGAGUUCCACUGCGUGGUUCAAGGAGACCCUGUUCCCACUAUCCGCUGGAGGAAAGAUGACUCUGACCUGCCUAAGGGCCGAUUUGAAACCCUAGAGGACCAUACAUUAAUUGUCCGCCAAGUGACCUCUUUCGAUGAGGGCUCCUACACAUGUGUGGUGGAGAACAUGGUUGGAAAGUCUGAAUCAUCCGCCACGCUCACUGUACAUGUGCCCCCGGCAUUUGCCAUACGCCCCAGGAACCAGGUGGUGGCAGUGGGCAGGACGGUCACCUUCCAGUGCGAGGCCACUGGCAACCCACAGCCCGCGAUCUUCUGGCAGAGGGAGGGCAGUGAGAGUCUCCUGUUCUCAUACCAGCCACCACAGCCCUUCAGCCGCCUGUCCGUCUCCCAGAUGGGCAGUCUGACUAUUACCGAUGUGCAGCGCUCUGAUGGCGGCUUCUACAGCUGCCAGGCGCUCAACAUCGCUGGCAGUGUUAUUACCAAAGCACUGCUGGAGGUCACAGACUCUGGGUCAGACCACCCGCCUCCUGUGAUUAGGCAGGGCCCUCUCAAUCAGACCGUCUCCGUGGACAGCACGGUGGUCCUGGGUUGCCAAACAGCGGACUCUCCACCUCCUACGGUCCACUGGAAGAAGGACGGUGCUGCUGUGUCUCCACUGGACUCCCGCUUGUCCGUGGCUGACACAGGAUCACUGGAGAUCCGCUACGCUAAGCUGGGCGAUACAGGCCUCUACACUUGUGUGGCUUCCAGUCCACAUGGAGAGGCUUCCUGGACAGCUUACUUGCAGGUGGAGGAGUUCGGAGUUGUUGUUCAGUCCGGGCAGCCGAUGGACCCGUACCUGAUUCCCGGUGCGCCAUCCAAACCUGAGGUGACAGACGUCAGCCGCACCUCUGUCACUCUGUCGUGGAAAUUGAAACUCGAUGGUGGCGCAACACCGACAUCUUUCCUGAUCGAGGCCUUCAGUCACACGUUAGGGAGCAGAUGGGUGACUGUCGCCGAGCAUGUAAAGACACAGACCUUUGUACUGAGGAACCUGAAGCCUGCGGCUGUCUACCUCUUCAUGGUCAGAGCGGUGAACGCCUACGGCCUCAGCGACCCCAGUCCAAUCUCUGACUCUGUCAGAACACAAGACAGCACAUCCACCAUGCAGGGAGUGGAUCACCGACACAUCCAGAGGGAGCUUGGCGAUGUGGUUAUCCACCUGCACACACCGACAGUGGUGUCAUCUUCUGCUGUUAGGGUGCAGUGGAUGGUCGAACAGCAGUCGCCAUACAUUCAGGGUUACAAGGUGCUUUACAGGGCCUCCGCUGAGCAUGGCCAGCCAGAGGGCCAGUGGAGUGUCCUGGAUGUACAUGCCCCACGGGAGGACGGGUUGCUGAUCAGUCAGCUCACCAGGGGGUCCAUCUACGAGUUCAAAGUGCGCCCUUUCUUUGAUGAGUUCCAGGGAGCUGACAGUGAGGUGAAGGUCGUCAAGACAUUAGAAGAAGCCCCUAGCAGAGCACCUCAGGGCGUUACAGUCACAAAAAGUGAUGCCAAUGGGACCGCGAUCCUCGUUGCUUGGAAACCACCUCCAGAAUGGGAGAAAGCUGGAGUCAUUCAGGAGUACAAAAUCUGGUGCCUAGGUAAUGAGAGUCGAUAUCAUGUAAACCAGUCGGUCGAUGGCUCCACCUUUUCCGCGCUCAUCUCCAGUCUGACACCAGGAGUCCGUUACAGCAUUGAGGUUGCAGCCAGCAAUGGUGCUGGACCUGGGGUCAAGAGUGAUGUCACUUUUUUUCAAUUAGACUCUACGGGACAGAUGAUGGAUAUCAGUGAGGAAAAAGACACGUUGUCUCAGAUUUCAGAUGUGGUGAGGCAACCGGCAUUUAUUGCAGGCAUUGGCGCCACCUGCUGGUUGGUCCUCAUGAUUUUCAGUGUGUGGCUCUACCGGCAUCGCAAGAAGAGAAGCGGCCUCAGCAGCACGUACACCGGCAUCCGCAAAGUGCCAUCAUUCACCUUCACACCCACAGUGGCGUAUCAAAGAGGAGAAUCUGCGUGCAGUGCUGGAAGACCUGGCCUUAUCGGCAUGGGUGAACCUCUAAACCAGCUGUGGCUGCCAGACAAUUGGCCGAAUGCAUGUGCCAAUCACAAGGACUGUAGCAUCAAUUGCUGCAAUAAUGGCAAUGGCACCAGUGACAGCAACAUGACAACAUACAGCCGACCAGCUGACUGCAUAGCAAACUAUGGAAAUCAUCCAGACAACAAACAGGGGGGACAGCUUAGUUCUGAGACGGCCAUUUACAGCGACGUGAACCUCUCCAACAAGCUUAAUGAGAUUAAAACAUUCAACAACUCCGACUUUUGCUACGCAAGUCCAGGGGGAGAUUCAGCAGCUACAUAUGAACCCAUCCCGUACGCCACCACGCAGCUAAUCCAGGCCAGCAUUAAGAACAAGACAGGCCCCGGUGGUGCAGAGAAAAUGGAGAUGCCCUGCUGGAAACAGCCCCCUAACCCGCCUCCAAUACCAAAGGAGAUGGCGGCACAGAUGCAAUACAAUGUAUUUGAGCAAAAUAUGCUAAAUAAAGAUCAUUUUCAAGGAGGUGAAGGAAUGAUCCAUCCUAAAACUAUUCCCUACAACCCGACCCGUGACCACAGCACAGGAGGCUCACACCACAGCUCCGACAGAGGCAGCAACAGCACUUCAGGGAGUCAAAAUCAAAAGAAAGGAACGCGGGCCCCAAAGAUCCCGAAACAUAAUGCAGCAACGUGGGGAGAAGCUCUGUCUCCUCCUCAUGCUAAUGCCUGGGACUGUGAUGAGUACAGCCUACCGAUGGAAAGGAGUUUUGAUCCAGGGGAGAGAAUGGAGGGGUGCCCCACCCCACCAGUAAGAGCAGCACCCUCAUGUCCUACUGAAGUGUCCUACAGUCACCCACUGAACAACACAUCACAGGGAGACCUGAGCAACGGAACUGAUCACCUCAGCGAACACAUCGCCAGCCACCUUCGCCCUCUUUCCCCAACACACACCUACAGCUCCAUACCCUUCUGCAUGGACACCGAUGUACAGGAAGAGGAAGAGGAAGAGGAGGCAGAGGAGGAAACAGGUGCAGAGCUUGCUGAGAGUCACUACAGCCAACACCCCAACGCGCAGAAGCACAAACACCAGCUGCACCACCCCUCUCCACACAAGCUGCUCCUUCAUGGGCUGGAGCAGACCCCAGCCUCCAGCACCGGCGAUCUGGACAGAUCGGUCACAGGGUCCAUGGUUAACAGCUGGGGCUCAGCAUCGGAGGACAACAUCUCAUCUGGCAGGUCCAGCGUUGUCAGCACUUCGGAAGGAUCCUUCUUUACGGACGGCGAUUUCAACCAGGCAGCGGCCUCUUCACGGGAUAUUGUAGGCCUGCGCAUGUGCCGAUACCCAGAGGAGUCAGGCCGGCGGCUCCAACGGCCGAGCAGCCCCAUGUCCACUGACAGCAACAUGAGUCCUGCAAUAACACAUAAAAGGCCCAGAAGACAUAAACAGAACCAGUCUGGUGAACAAGGCUACCAGCCCAAAGAUGUCUUCAAUGAUGACUCCUGCAUGCCUAUGAAUUUUUCCAGCCAGAUGUCCCACUGCGACUAUAAUGUGAGGGGCGCCACGCUGCCUCGGGUGGGCUCUGGGGAGGCCCGGGGUCGACGCGGCAGCACUGGGACUCACAGGGCCAGGGAGGCUGCAUCAGAGCAGAGGGAGAGUCACGACAAGCACAAGACUCCAGGAGGAGGAGGGAGAGGAAGCAGCAAAAGCCGACAGCACUCAGAAAUUGGAGAUGUCCUUCUGUACAGUCGUCCCUCUUUCCCAUCAGGGCAAGCUCAGAGGGAACCUGAUGACACAAAUUCCUCCAGCUUCAUGUCGUGUGGAGACUCAAGGACCAAACAGGGAGGACAGAAGGAAGAGUUCCUGAAGAGCUAAGUGCGCAAAAAGGAAUUUCCUACAGUUGCUUCAGACCUUUCAACAUGAAAAAAGACUCUUACAAUACUGCACAAUUCAAGCUAUUCUUUUCUACUCACAUUUCUCAUUAGAUGUUGGAAAAAGAAAAAAAAGUGCCCUCAUUUUUAACUCUGUAGACUUUAAUUUGAUGAACCGUUUAUUGUUUGCUUUUCGGGUGACCAGCCUCCAGGAGCCUGAACUGCUGGUUGAUCAUUAAAGUGAAAUGAAUGCACAUUUGAUGGUGGUUGUGAGUGUCCACAUAAAUAUUGUCCAUGGCGACUGCUUGAUGCGGUCUGUACAUGAUCUUUGCUAAUCAGUUGUCUUGAUAUUUUACUAUAAUUGUUAUUCAGCCAUUAACAGCCAUCUUGUAAAUUCUUGAAAUUGUUUACCGCCACGUAAGUGCUUCAAAUUCAAAUUUUAUAUAACAGUGUUAAUGUUUUUUAAGUGAUGUACAUCUUGUCUUUGUAUUAUUUGUCCUACUUUGGUUAUAAAAGCACAAUCACUUACAUUCAUUGUAUGUUUUUAUCAUAUAAAUUUCAGUGUGGAGGUUUGGAGUCUUGUGAAUCGUUUAAUUAAGUUCACUUGAGGCUGAGAAAUUGAUUGUUGAUUGUGAUUGUACAUUGAGUUGCGUACGUUGAAGCUGCUUUCAUUCAGAUUUGAACUAUCUAUUGUGUGUACUGAGAGAAUUGCAUGCAGAUUCACGUGUAGGAGCUUUUACUUCACAUCUUGAAUGCGUUGUCCUUACUUUGGGAUGAUGAAAAAGUGGAAUGGUUCCAGUUCCAGUUUCUCCACUGAGUCCGUUUCCUUUAGUCCUGUGUCCCCUUGACCUUCACUUUUGAGCAGGGGUGGACAAUGAGCUUCAUCUAUCAAAUUACUAAUCAUGAAUCUCUUCCCAAAAUGAAUUUGGAUAUUCAUUUUUAAAUGGACACAUAUCAGAGCGCCAGUUAAGAAAAGUGUGAAAUUAUCAGGAAGUGAUGAUUAAUAAAAUCCGUUGAUAUUGUGUUUUUGUAGUUAUAAAUUUAAAUUUGCAUUGGGUUUCUGAUGUUGGUCAUAUUGUCCAGCCCUAAUCUGUAAAUUAUAUAUGGAUAAAAUAUGUCACUUUAACUGCUUUGUUUGAAAUAUUAUUGCUGUUCCUAGAGCAACAACAACAAAUCAUUGUUUAACUUAUUCUUUGAAUAUCCUUCUAAAUAACCUAUCCUCUUUGCAGUUUCAAAUGAAACACUGAUUUUCUGACAUGAACAACCAGAAAUGGCAAAAAAAGAGAGCCCAUGGUACUAUGAUUAUUAUAAAAUAUGUUGGACUCUUGUUACAAAUGAUUGUUGAUCCUUUCCAUUUCUCUCACCCAUGUGUACAAAUGUGUUUUUAAAACUUUGAACUUCGUGAAAACCAAAACUAAAAAGGAAAAGUAUGAU